GAAAUAUUAGUGGUGUAAGAUCACAUCUUAAAAUCGCCAAACUACAUCUCAACAACUAAUCUACUCAUCAUCACUUUCAUCACUAUAUUGUACUAAGCUACUGUUGGAAACAGCCAAAAUAGGAGCUUCAGAAUUUGCAAUAUCCAUUUUAGCUUUCUUUGCUGGUGGCUUAACCAUAAUCAUAAUUCCCAAAGCAGGCUUGGCAGAAGGGUUCUUCCUCACAGAACUGGCAGUUCUCUGUUCCUGAAUUUUAGGAGCUAUUGGUGUUUCUUUGACAAAUGCAGCAACUGCUGCUUGGAAACUUUGCAGUUGUCUUGCUUCCUCAUGAAUGAAUUGUUUUUCAUAUUCUCGCCUCGACUCCUCGAGUGUAUCAAGAAAUUCCGCUUCUUCUUCAUCUAGAGCUUUGGGUGGCCUAUGCUUGAUGCGUUCCUUGAGUUCUGCAUCCUUUUUGUCCUUCUUCUCCUGCAAUGCCUCGUACAAGCUAAGGAUCUAUCUCUUUGGGCAGUACCAUCUUCAACCCGAGCCCCGCGGGUUCGCUUUGUUUCCUCCAACUGAUUUUCUGAUACAAAAUUCAUCAUCCUCACAGCAGCACCAGCGGCUAAGUCCUCCCUGCUACCACCUGCCAUCUCGAAAAUCCUCUUACAGUUCUUGAUCAAAGAUAUUAUAUCAGUAAACCCCUAUUUAAGAAAGCAGCAGCGCAUUUAGUCUCUGACUAUACAUCCUGUUUUCUGGAAAGAAAGUUUUGAGAAAUAAGUUAAGGCGUGGAAACGUCACAAAAUAUUUUUCAAGAUGAAGAGGGCAUAGAUUGAUACGGA